AUGGACGAAUCAGACAAAGCUUAUCUUCGCAAGCUGAACUCCAUGGACAGCUUCACCAGCCUAAGCAGCUUUUCAACAUCUCAAACUUCCUCAUCAAGCUUUAUGAGCAAAUCCUUAUCAUUAAAGCCUGAUGGGAGCCCAGAUUUAAAAAACGACAACAAGUGUCACAUUUGUGACAAAAAGUUUUCUCUUACCAACAGGCGCCACCACUGUCGCUAUUGUGGAAAUUCCAUAUGUGAAGAUCACAGCAUCAAGCGUCGGGUUAAUGGCGAAGCUAAAAAAAUAAGGAUGUGUGACAAUUGCGACAGAGAAAUAAUUUCUGGAGAGAUCAAGGACGAAAUAGAAAACGAAAUCAGCAGGCUACAAAAUGAAGUUCAACUAGUAAGAGAGCUGAACGAAAGACUAGCUAAAGAACACAGCGAAAAGUUCUCAAAGGUGAAUAAUCUGGAAGCAGAACUAACUAACGCAGAAAAAGCACAAAAACAAAAAGAACAGACUUUGCAAGACAAGCUAAAUCUAGAGCUAGAAAGAGGUGAAAAAGCAAGAGCAGAAGUCGACGAACUGAGAAGAGCUUUAGAGCAGUCCCACACAUGUGAAAGAGAAAUCGGCGACAAGUGCACAGCAUAUGAAGCAAGACUUGCCAACCUAAAAUCAGAGUCAGAAACCUUAAGAGAAAGAAAAGAAGAAUUGAUCAACCAGGUCGAGCACUUGACAAAUAAAUUGAAAGGAAGCUUGCCUCUUGACCAAAUCAAGAUGGUCCUAUGCCCCAGGUGCCAGCAAAAGCUGAACCAGACUUAUCGUCCAUUUUCUAUGAACGGCUCAGUGCUCGAAGAUGAAGGGGAGUCCUAA